AUGCCAGACCCUACUCUCCUCAAGGUUGCCGGCUACGGCUCCCUGAUCGUAUCCCUCUUACACGCGGCAUCCGGAAGGAAAUUCCAACGCGCGCGCGAAUUCCAAGCCCUCCCAAAUGCCGCAUACACAUUCAGCAUGAGCGGGUGGUACCAGGGCAGCGGGUACCUCAUCCUAGCUGGCCUGCUGAAUUUCCACUGGGCGCAGAACCCGAGUCUUCUAGAGGAACCUCUGGGGCAGGCCAUGGCGUCUGUGCUUUCGGUCAUGGCUUGGACUGUCUCGGGCUGGUACCUGUGGAGGGGCCUUACGAUUGACGGGGUGAUUAUAGCGGCUGCGGGGUUGUUCCAGGCUUGGGCGGCUCUGAAAUGA